GUGCCCUGCACGGGCUGAGCGGCGGCCGGAGAUGGGUGAGGGCGGGCGCGGGCAGCGGGACGGGACGGGGCGGAGCGUGGCGGAGCGGAGCGGCGGGGACCGGGAGCGGCGGCCGGGCGGGAGCGGCGGCCGUGCCGGGAGCGAAGAGGGGGCCGAGGGCGGGCGGGGCCGUGCGGCGCUGUUAGCCCCGCCCCCACGCGCUGAGGGGCGGCUCCGCGCCGGGCCGGGCCUGGGCCGCUCCGCGCUCCUUUGGGCCGCUCCGCGCUCCCCGCGGCCUCCGCCGCCCCCCGGCCUCCGCCCGGCACGGCCCUCAGCUCCGCGUCUCCGGGGCCUCCGCAGCCCGCGGUGCCGUCGGCUCGGCGCCCUCAGUGCCCCUCAGCGUCGCAGUGGGCGCGGGGCGAUGAGUGCGGUGCCCCCCGCGCCGCUCCGCGUCCUCUCAGCGCUGCCCCCCCCCGAGCACCCCGGAGCUGUAACUGCCCGUGGCGGCUCCCGGAGCCCCGCACCGUCAUUUCUUUACGCCGUGCGGAUCCUCGGCACGGCGGACCUCCGCCCGCAGCCCCACCAAUGCCCCACACGCACUACAGCCGCUUCCUUUUGCACCUUAACGAAGUAGAAAACAAUUCCCGUGUUCUCGCGGCGCGGCUUUAAGGAGCCGGAGGUGUCCACGCAAACAGAACUGUGGAAUGGGCCCCACGCCCCCAAUGCACCGAAUCCUUUGGGCACGUUUUAAGGACUGAAGGCGUAACGGUGCAGUGAGCAGCCAAGAAGCCACCCCAAAGAACAGCCCUCCGCACCCUCUGUUGUUAUGGCAGGGGGAAGGCGGGGCCCCAACCGCACCUCCUACUGCCGAAAUCCUCUCUGUGAGCCCGGCGCUGCUGGCGGCUCCGGCCACUCCACGAGUUCCUCCGUCACGGGCGUGCGCUCCCGCACCAGGAGCGGUUCAGGUACGGGGCUUUCCAGCCCACCUCUGGCAACUCAGGCAGUCGUUCCCCUCCGGCACUGUAAGAUCCCAGAGCUGCCUGUGGAGAGAAGUGUGCUGUUUGAACUUCAGCUCUUCUUCUGUCAUCUCGUUGCCCUGUUUGUCCACUACAUCAACAUCUACAAAACUGUGUGGUGGUACCCCCCAUCCCACCCACCUUCACACACGUCUUUGAAUUUUCAUCUUAUUGACUUCAACGUGCUGACGGUGACAACGAUCGUACUGGCGCGCCGCUUGAUCGUUGCUAUUGUGAAGGAGGCUUCCCAGAGUGGCAAAGUCUCCCUGCCGCGCUCUGUGUUCCUGGUGGUCACCCGGUUUGCUGUUCUCACUGGCACAGGCUGGAGUUUGUGUCGAUCAAUAAUUCACCUCUUCAGAACCUACUCCUUCCUCAAUCUCCUGUUCCUGUGCUACCCGUUUGGCAUGUACAUUCCCUUCCUCCAGCUGAACUGUGACUUUCGGAAGACAAACCUCUUCUCCCAGGUGGCCAACAUUGGCCCCAGAGAGACCGGCGAGGUGAACUUCAGGGGCAGAGACUACUUGACAGUCCUGAAGGAGACCUGGAAGCAGCACACUCGGCAGAUGUACGGCAUGGAGGCGAUGCCCACUCACGCCUGCUGCCUCUCCCCGGAUCUCAUCCGAAAUGAGGUGGAAUACCUCAAAAUGGACUUUAAUUGGCGGAUGAAAGAGGUGCUGGUGAGCUCCAUGCUCAGUGCCUACUACGUGGCCUUUGUGCCAGUCUGGUUUGUGAAGAACACUCAGUACUACGACAAACGCUGGUCCUGUGAGCUCUUCCUCCUGGUUUCCAUCAGCACAUCUGUGAUUCUGAUGCAGUACCUCUUACCUGCACGCUACUGCGACCUGCUGCACAAAGCUGCAGCACACCUGGGCUGCUGGCAGAAGGUGGAUCCGGCCCUCUGCUCCAACGUGCUGCAGCACCAGUGGACAGAGGAGUGCAUGUGGCCGCAGGGAGUGCUGGUGAAACACAGCAAGAAUGUGUACAAGGCUGUGGGUCACUACAACGUGGCGGUGCCGUCGGACGUCUCACACUUCCGCUUUCACUUCUUUUUCAGCAAACCGCUGAGAAUCCUCAACAUCCUGAUCCUGCUGGAAGGAGCCGUCAUCUUCUACCAGCUUUACUCGCUGAUUUCAUCCGAAAAGUGGCACCAGACCAUCUCGUUGGCUCUGAUCCUCUUCAGCAAUUACUACGCCUUCUUCAAGCUGCUGCGUGACCGUCUGGUGCUGGGCAAAGCCUACUCCUACUCUGCCAGCAGAGACUCAGAGCAGAAGUUAAAUUAAAACAAUUGCACUGAUGCUCAACUUAUUACAGAACAAACAGAACAAGGAACCCUCAGAGCUUUGUAUUUUUGUUACCACUGCUUUUUUGUUUUUUUUUUCUUUGAUAACUGAUGUAAUUAAAAGGAAAGAACAUAUUUUUUUACUCCCAA